AUGAAGUCAACUUUAGCAUCUCAAACUGCGCCAUCUUCAUCAAACAGUCGACAGUACACACGAACUAUGACUCACUACAUGCCAUCUUACAAGGCAAUAAUGACAGCGAAUGGUCAAAAGACAUGUCUAAGUCUAGCAUUUAAUAUUGUUUGUAGCCCUUUUGUCAUAAUGGGUAUUUUAUUAAACAAAAUUACGCAUAACCACCAGCUUGACUAUCGCAACAGGCCUCCCGCUGCAAAAGAACCCAUAAUACCGCCAAUGGUACUGACCAAAAGAACCUCUCUCCCUCCCCACACUCCGACCUCUAAUCAUACAACUCGACAAUCACAACAGGCAACCACGCGAACUGAUCAAAAACUUUGCCGCCAAAAAUCACUUCGGACGCGGCUUACUAAACCGCGGCAUUGCGUUAUGCAACUACGACCGUUGCGGACAACUCGUGAAACUGCGUAG